UGACAUUCCAUGACCACCGCACUGCCAGUGGAUGAUUCUUCCACGCUGGCCAAGUACGACGUUGACGGUAGCGACGUGCCAGCGUUGGCGCCGCUUCUCGCCGAAGAAGACGAAUCGUCGUGGCGAGAAUUCUUCGACACCCACAUCUAUGCCCAACGCGCGCCCCUCGACGUGCCCUCGCCUACUCCACCUUCCAUCGAGCCUUUGCCACAUUCCGUCGCGUCCUGCGGUGCAGCCUUGCCGCGAGACUCCACCGCGAUACCACGGCUUCGCACGUUGGCGCCAAGAUCGCUGCCAUCGACCACAAACUCCCUCGACACUGAUGUCCACGGGCUGAGUUCCCUGUGGUGAUGGAAGCGUGCUCACGGCAGCGUCUAUGCGCUGCGACCGAUCUAGGAACUGGCGGCAUCAACUCGAGAACGGAAGUACGGAUGGCAAUACGUGGUUAAGAAGUGAUGAUAUCUAAAAGCGGGUGGUCCUUGGCGAGUCGUGCAGCGGCGCAUACUAUAUCACUUUGCGCUUCUUGG